AUGAGGGUCACCGCCAUCGCCGUUGCCGUCCUCUCCGGACUGGCCCAGUCCCAGAUGUUCACCUCGACCCGUCCGGCCGGCUGGCAGCCGUCGCAGCCCGACUUCCCCGCCGUGCCCCUGGACCCGCAGACCAUCUUCGAGACGACCGUGUCCCGGGUCUUUGUGCCCGGCCCCGGCCGGCCGACCUGGACUUGGAGCACAAAGGUCGUCACCGUCACCCAGCCUUGCACGACCACCUCCACGACUACCCCUUGCACCACUUCCACCAGGAAGCCCACGCCUACUCCGUGCUCUACGUCUAAGAAGCCCACCACGACGCCUUGCUCUACGUCUAAGAAGCCCACCACGACGCCUUGCACCACCUCCAAGAAGCCCACCACGACGCCUUGCUCUACGUCUAAGAAGCCCACCACGACGCCUUGCACCACCUCCAAGAAGCCCACCACGACGCCUUGCUCUACGUCUAAGAAGUCUACCACCACUCCUUGCACGACCUCUAAGAAGCCAACGUCCACGCCUUGCUCUACUUCCAAGAAGUCCACAACGACUCCUUGCACCACCUCCAAGAAGCCUUCACCCACACCUUGCAGCACUUCAACCAAGAAGACCACUACCCCCUGUGUGUCUUCCACUUCUAAGAAGCCCACAACCACCCCCUGCAAGUCUUCCUCCGGCAAGUCUUCCUCCGGCAAGUCUUCCUCCGGCAAGUCUUCCUCCAGCUCGAAGAAGCCCUCAACCACCCACAAGCCCAAGACCUCUUCCAAGGUAGUGGUAACCUCCAGCCGCCGUCAUAACGCCACAACCCCUUGCACUUCGGCCACCAAGAAGGUGACGACUUCCCCGAAGCCCAAGACCACCACGACCGCCAAGGCCACCACCUCUGCCGUCGUCGUUGUCCUGUCUUCGCAGAAAGCCGUUUCAUCUUCCUCCAAGCCCGUUGUCGUGGUCUCCUCCCAGCGCGCUGUGCCGCCUGCGUCUUCGGCCUCCGUCGUUGUCGUCGCGUCUUCGCAGAAGGCUGUUCCCGUCACCCCUCAGGCCUCGAGCACGCCUUGCCCUACGGUCACCAGAGUCCGUUACCAAAACUCUACCGUCACUGCGAACAAGCCUGCCACUGUUCCCUCGCAGCCUCCCGCUCAGCCUCCAGCGCAACCGCCUUCUCAACCUCCUUCUCAGCCUCCAGCGCAACCGCCUUCUCAACCUCCUUCUCAGCCUCCAGCGCAACCUCCUUCUCAACCCCCUUCGCAGCCUCCGGCUCAGCCCCCUGCGCAACCUCCCGCGCAACCUCCCGCGCAGCCUCCCACGCAGCCUCCCACGCAGCCCGCGCAGCCUCCUGCCCAGACUCCGGCGCAGCCUCCCACCCAGCCAUCUACCACUGGAGGCAAGCCCUCCACGGUCGUCACCGCUGGCGGCAGCUACGUCAAGGCGCCUCUCACGCUUGCCGGUGCUCUCCUGGUCGCCGCCUUCUUCCUCUAG